GCUCAGCUGCAGGAUUGCCACGCAAGCAUCCGAAACAGUUGCAGUCGGUAGUCUGAGGAACGGGACUUGCAGUUUGCGGUGCAGACAGUCGACGCUCUCACGCUGGGGUGGAAGGACGCGACGGGUGAUUUUACUUGAUUUUGAAUAUCGGUGUAAGCUCCUUGCCGCCGUGACCCGUGACGAUGGCCGAAUAUGGGAAUGACCAGAAGAAGAUGAAAACUGUGAAGGCCACGAAUGUGACGUUCCAGAGCGGCCACGUCACCCGCAACAAGCGUGGCCAAGUGAUGGGCAAGAGAGGAGGCUUCCGAGGCUGCACCGUCUGGUUCACUGGUCUCUCAGGAGCCGGCAAGACGACGUUGAGUUUUGCGCUGGAAGAGUACCUCGUAGGUCGCGGCAUCCCAGCGUACGGGCUGGACGGCGACAACAUGCGUACGGGGCUGAACAAGAACCUCGGCUUCAGCGACGACGACCGUGAGGAGAACAUCCGACGUGUGGCGGAGGUCGCUAAACUUUUUGCCGAUUCCGGGGUAGUGUCGCUCUGCUCCUUCGUGUCACCCUUCGCUAAGGAUCGUCAGGUAGCACGCGAGCUGCACCAGGCCGUCGGUCUGCCGUUCUUUGAGGUGUUCGUGGACACGCCUCUAGAGGUGUGCGAGCAGCGUGAUGUUAAAGGCCUCUACAAGAAGGCCAGGGCUGGACUUAUUAAAGGCUUCACCGGUAUUGAUGGCCGCUACGAAAAGCCCGAGAACCCGACCAUUACGGUGAAGACCGCCAACUCUGCAGUCGGGGACUGCGUGCAGCAGGUCGUCUCCGUACUGCAGGAACACGGCAUCGUGCCUUAUUGCCUCGUUCGGGAGCCGGGGAUCGUGUCGUACGCUACCCUGGACCAAGUGCGAGAGUUGGCCGUGCCUGAGAACGAAGUGGCAGCAGUGCUGGCGCGCACCAAAGACAUGCCAUCUGUUGAGAUCUCUGAGCUCGACCUGCAGUGGCUCCAGGUUCUUUCAGAAGGUUGGGCUACGCCUCUAUCUGGUUUCAUGACUGAAAAGGAGUAUCUGCAGUGUCAGCACUUCGGUGCCCUGUACGACGACGGGGUGGUGAACCAGUCCAUCCCCAUCGUGCUGCCCGUCUCCUCGGCCGACAAGGAGCGAGUCGCGGGCUGCGAAGAGCUCUGCCUGCGCUACCAGGGCAGACCUGUGGGCAUCAUCAAGCAUCCUGAGUUCUACAAUCAUAACAAGGAGGAGAGAUGCGCACGCCAGUUUGGAACGAUCACCCUUAAUCAUCCGUACAUCAAGAUGAUCUACGAGAGCGGAGACUGGCUCUGUGGUGGACCAACACUUGGUCUGGAGAGAAUCCGGUGGAACGAUGGCCUAGACCAGUAUCGCCUGACGCCCGUAGAGCUGCGCGCUAAGUUCAGGGAGAUGGGCGCUGACGCAGUCUUCGCCUUCCAGCUGCGCAAUCCUGUGCACAACGGCCACGCUCUCCUCAUGCAGAACACAAGAGAGCGGCUGAUCAGUGAAGGCCACAAGAAGCCCGUGCUGCUGCUGCACCCUCUGGGGGGUUGGACCAAGGAUGACGACGUGCCUCUGGACACCAGGAUGAAGCAGCACCACGCUGUUCUCGAGGAGGGAAUUUUGGACCCAGAGACCACAGUGCUUGCGAUCUUCCCUUCGCCGAUGAUGUACGCUGGUCCCACCGAAGUGCAGUGGCACGCUAAGGCGCGCAUGUCAGCGGGCGCCAACUUCUACAUCGUUGGUCGUGAUCCCGCCGGCAUGCCCAAUCCUGACACAGGCAAGGAUCUCUAUGAUCCUACACACGGGCGUCGUGUGCUGGCCAUGGCUCCUGGGCUCGCUCAGCUGGAGAUUGUGCCCUUCCAGGUUGCUGCUUACGACAAAACAGUCAACAAGAUGGCACUCUUCGAUCCAUCAAGAAAGGACGAUUUCCUCUUCAUUUCUGGCACAAAGAUGCGUUCGCUCGCCAGAUCAGGCGAAGAUCCUCCUGAGGGCUUCAUGGGCAAGAAGGCGUGGCAGGUGCUCUGCUCCUACUACCAGUCACUCAAGCAGUAGCGCGCAACUGCAAAGAUGCCGGACAACAGAGGAAACAACUAGCAUUUUUAGAAAGGACUUUACCUGCUCAAGGCAGGUUUUAAAAUUUCAGCGCAAUUCCUGCUAGCCAGAUCUGUGUUCCCGUGUCCGAAUUAAAGUUACGUUUUAAAAUCAUCUGACUGCAGUAGCAAGAAGACUGCUAACAUUAUUGAAUUAGAUCUUUUCUGCAUCAUGCAUUUUUUAAUAAUUAGAAGUGCAACUAUCGAAAAGUAAUGAUGUUGCAUAUUUUUAAUGAUUGCGUAUAAGAACUUUUAAAAGCAAUUGGUAGUUUGAAAACGGUAAAUUUCGUUAGCCCGCUUAUUCUUUCAACUGUACUUCCCUGCUGCGAUCGCUUAAUUUAGUUGAGCAAUUUUUACUCCUUCCAACUCAUUGACAAAGUUCUGAUUGAAAGCCCGAAUUUAGCUUCCAACUCUCGAAAAAAUCAAGUGUUUGCAUUAUAUCUCACUUUGGAUGGAAGUUACUAGGGUUAUCAUUCGAACUGCAAUUUCUAAGUUAUUCCUUCCAUUAACAAUUUUCAAAAGUGAAAAGAUUUGAUGCAAGUUUUUAAUUUCCUUGUCUCUUAUUGUGCUGAUUAUUGAGCUGCUGUGCUUGGGAUAUAAUUCUAAUUAGCAUAUAGUCGAAUGAUUUUAAAUUGUGAUCUGUUGAUAGAUUAUUUGUAGAACAAAUUAUAUGCGCCACGAAAGUUAUUGUUGUGGACCUCCAGCAAUUUGAUUGAACUGCGUUUUGGCCAGAGCUUUUUAUUAGCUUGCUAGCUACAAGGCUCUACAACUUAACCCUCCACUUUUCCUUUUAUUCUACUUAAUGGGGAAUUUCUCAUCAUUGGCUUUGAGUGAAACAGGGCAGAGGCUCUCAGACCUCGGGGUGCAAUUAUUAUUCAAUAAAUUAUAUAAGUAUAAAUAAUUGAUAAGCUUUGUUACUGUCUUUUACAUUCUAUUUUAAAAAUGAGAAACCAUGUUUCUGAAGUCAUUAUUUUGGCAGCAUCAAUCUACUCGCCCACUAUCUAUCAUGAGGUUUUAUCAUGUGUUGGCCCACAUCUACUUAGAUGUUCAAUCCAGAUAAACUUCUAUUCACUUAUUUUUAUUUAAGAUUCCCGCUCGUUAUUUUUCUCAUAUUCACACCGCAUGUGUUUCAUUGGCACAGCCAUUACAAUUACCGCUACCCGGUAUGUCAUUCCUUCUAACGAUCAUUUUUCCUUGUGCCACUGCCAUUGUAUUGGUUUUAUUUUUUUCAAGUAUUGCAGGAUGAUGUAUACCACAAAAGUAUUGGCUAACCAAGCGCUAAUGAAGAAAGCGUCUCUUGCAUAAAUUAACUGUCGAUAAGCUAGAUUAAUUAUGUUCGAGUCUGGACCGUUAUUUGUUCAUGUAUUUUUUAUAUUUACAUCUUUAGAAAAGCAUUGAUUUACAAACUGAUUUACGCGCAUUUCUGUUUAGUCUUUUGAUUAAAAAAAAGAUUUGGUCAUGGAAUCAAGUUUUAGGUGCCAAUACAGUUUCUUGUUGAAAAAGUCAAUUUAUAUGUCCCCAGUUGGAAAGCGACGUGUAGGUACCAAGUGUCGACGUCUCUGCAUGAUUUCAAUAUGGCUAUAUUUUUUUUAUCUGAUGAAAUCUAUCAAUAAAUGAAUGUCGAGACUGUCGGCUGAAAUACAGGAGACGCUGCUGAACCAUACUUGUUGCAAGUGUUCAAACCAUCAAAUGUUUUUUUUUUGCCGAUUUAAUAUUCUAGGUUAUGAGUGUCAGUCGAUUUUCGACGACGUAAAUGUAUAUCAAUUCAUUUUAAUGUGCAAUAUUAUACUUUCUCAUUUGGUUGCGUAAAAAUAACUAGUCUGUUGUUGUAGUUUCGCUUAUUCUUCGCUGGGUUUCGGGCCGACACGAGUUCUAAUUUUAAAAUAUGUUAUUCAACGUUAAUAUUGCACGAAUCGCUAAAAUCCGCCAGAUGGCAUUAGAACCAAAGAUGUCAGAUUUAUUAAGUUUCUCCAUUCACACGAAUUAACUCUACUGCAAAGACGCCUUCCUAUUUCCUAUAUCAUUUAGACCAAUAUUAACAUGAAGGUUGGCUUGACGAUUUAUCUUUUGCUCGUUAAUUUUCUUAAUUGUUGGCGUUUUCAUUUCUGUUUGCAGCGUGUUGCUUUGUUAGUUGUCGGUCAACCAUAAGUCUUGAUCAUUCCUCGAGUAUCACUGUCCGUUUUAUACUUUUUAUAUUGAUUAGAGUUGGCACGAUGAUUACUGUCCAUCCCGUGUCAAUACUAAAAGCCAAACAUCUGCAUUCGAGUACAUUCAUUCUUGUUAACAGUUUCAUUUCUAACCAAACGAAGAAAUAACUAUAUUGUACAAAAGAUUUAUGGCCUCAAUAGAUUGAGGUUGCACCAAACCAAUCCCUACCAAACAAUGGAAUAAACGAGCGAUAAACUAA